UGGGCGCUGAUUGGAAAUUCCUCAGACCAGUUAUCUCUGACUGGUUUGCUUGUAAAAGCGAACCGGUUUGGAGAAUGAAAUUCAUGAACUCAUCUUUGCUGCUCCUCCCCUAAAAUGAUCAGCCUGUUUGCUGCGACAUGUCCUCAUCAGGUUGCCUGUCAGAGUAACACUGUAUCGCCUGCUACACACACACAGACACCGCACAAUGGCGGACACAGAAGGCAAGAAGAAAGUAGCUGUGGUGGGAGGUGGUUUGGUUGGUGCGCUGAACGCCUGCUACUUUGCCAAAAGAGGUUUUGAAGUGGAGGUGUUUGAAUCUCGGGAAGAUAUCCGCCAAGCCAAAGUUGUGAGGGGACGGAGCAUCAACCUUGCCCUGUCCCACAGGGGCCGGCAGGCUCUGAAGCACGUGGGAAUGGAGGACAAGAUUAUCUCCAAAGGAAUCCCCAUGCACGCAAGAAUGAUCCAUUCUUUGAAUGGGAAGCAGUCCCAAAUCCCUUAUGGCAAAAAAGGCCAGUACAUCCUGUCAAUCGACAGAGCGAACCUCAACAAAGAGCUGCUAACAGCGGCAGAGACUUAUCCAAAUGCAAAACUGAACUUUGACUACAAACUGAAGGACUGGAGCAGUGAAACAGGGCUGAUGACCUUUGUCAGGCCUGAUGGGGCCAUCGAGGAGUUCAAGGCCGACCUGAUAGUGGGCUGCGACGGAGCCUUCUCUGCCAUCCGCAAACAGUUCCUCCGACGCAGCCGCUUCAACUACAGCCAGACUUACAUCCCCCAUGGCUACCUGGAGCUCACCAUCCCACCCAGAAAUGGAGAGUUUGCCAUGAAGCCUAAUUACCUGCACAUCUGGCCGCGGAACACAUUCAUGAUGAUAGCCUUGCCCAACAUGGACAGAACGUUCACCUUAACCCUGUUCAUGCCCUUCGAUGAUUUUGAGAAGAUCACCAUGGGGGAUGAGCUCAUGUCGUUUUUCCAGAAAUACUUCCCGGACUCCAUACCACUAAUAGGAGUCGAGGCUCUCAAGAGGGACUUUUUCCGAAUGCCAGCGCAGGCCAUGGUGUCUGUCAAGUGCUCGCCGUAUCACAUCGGCAGCAGUUGUGUCCUCAUGGGUGAUGCAGCCCAUGCGGUGGUGCCAUUUUAUGGGCAGGGGAUGAAUGCUGGCUUUGAGGACUGUCUUGUCUUUGAUGAAAUAAUGGAGCAGUUCAACGAGGAUUUCAGUGCCGUGCUGCCUGAGUACAGCCGAGUGCGAGUCCCAGACGACCAUGCAAUCGCAGACCUGGCCAUGUACAACUACAUUGAGAUGCGAGCACAUGUCAACUCCAAAUGGUUCCUCUUCCGCAAGUAUAUUGAUAACAUCCUCCACUUCUUCAUGCCAAAGACAAUAAUUCCCCUGUACACAAUGGUCACCUUCACCAGGAUAAGGUACCAUGAAGCAGUGAAAAACUGGCACUGGCAAGACAAAGUGAUCACCCGAGUCCUGAUGCUUUGUGGCACAGGGGCUCUUUUGGGAGGCUCCUACCUGCUCAUUAAACAUCGUCCCAAUCUGUCCAACAUCCCCGUGGAGAAGAUGUGGGAUAGGCUGCUGGCCCUCAAGACCUUCUGAUGCUCUCCAAGCCAAAAGGACAAACACCAAGACAGGAGCACUGGACUGAGCUGAGAAGAUCCAAAUGUUUAGAGUUUGACUGAAUCCUUUGAUUCACAGUCACUCAGAUUGUUAAUGUGAAGCAAUAAUGAUUGUACAAACUCACACUGAUCAUUGUGAUUGAUAAUGUGAUUUUACAGCAUUUUAUUAGACUUUAGCUUAAGAAAGUUUAUAUCGUCGUUAUUUUGUGCUGAUAUUUUCCCAAUUCCCAAAAAUUGGGAAUUUCCCAGUUUGGGAUCAAUAAAGUCUAUCUAUCUAUCUAUCUAUCUAUCUAUCUAUAUUUAAUUUUUAAAUUUGACCAUUUUCUUACAAAUAGAAGCUGUAAUAUUUAUAAUGUUUUGUAGUAAUACAUACGGUACACCAGUGUAUACUUGAAUCAGUCAAAAAGCUGCAUUAGUUAGUGUGAUAGUGAUCAAUUAUACAAUAAAAGUGUAAUGACACAAACGACAGUGCACAUCCAUCAGAUUUGGAGGGUGGACAAAACUGACUGGCUGAUAUUUGAUUAAUUUUAUUUUAUAGUUGUGGUUGUGAAUGUUUUCAGGGAUGCUCAUGGUGGGUCAAAUACAAGCCAGUCACAUCACUACACAGUGAACUCAGCUACUAUGUUACUGCCAAAGUGCUCAGUUGUUAUGGUUUCACUAUCCCAUGAUCAAUAAAAUAUCAGUGAUA